AAAAACACAACAAAGGAAUUUAAUCUUAAAAAGCAUCACUGUAUCUCAUCUGAAACAUAUGACUUUACAGGACCCGUCAGACUGAGCAACAUACACCCAAGUUACGGACAACCCAACAUUCCCAGAGGACCAGAGAAAACCCCCAGCCGUGUAGAUGAUGAUGGCAACAAAAGACAACCUGAGGGAUCGUAUCCGAUAUCAAAAACUUCUUUGCAACUCAGUGGACCGGGAGACCACUUCGUCUAUGAUGUCAAGGCACCAAAUGUCCCAGAAAGAUACAUCUUCAUUAAUAUUACCAAAUAUGUUUACGUCCAACGUGACACUAACCUAGGCUGGCGGAAUCUCUCAGAGGAGGCACGGCAGUUUCUAACAGGAUCAUUAUCCACCACCAUCAUCCCGUUCUUCUACACACUGGUCUGCCUCCUCAGUGUGCCCAUCAACAUCUGUGCACUGCUGGUCUUCAUAAAAAGAAUAAAGCCUAAAAAUCCAGCAGUGAUCUACAUGAUGAACCUGGCCUGUGCUGACCUGCUCUUCUCCAUGGUGCUGCCCUUCAAGAUCUCCUACCACUUCAUGGGAAAUGACUGGAUAUUCGGUCGUGCCAUGUGCCGUAUAGUCACCGCAGCCUUUUACUGGAACAUGUACUGCUCCGUUCUGCUCAUCUCCCUCAUCAGCGUGGACCGGCUCCUCGCUGUGGUCUAUCCUAUCCAGUCUUUGUUGUGGAGAACUCCUGCAAAGGCAGUCAUUGCCUGUGCAGCCAUGUGGAUGUUCUCCUUUGUCGGCUCGAUUCACCUCCUCUUCACUGAGCAGACUUUCAACCUCACAGAGUUGAACAUCACCACCUGCCAUGACAUCCAGCCCUCACAGCCUUUCCGGUGCUACAAGAUGUACUACAUCACCUUCUGCUUCCUCCUCUUCUUCCUGCCUCUCAUCAUCACCAUGGUGUCCUACACUCGGGUGAUUUUGACUCUGAGUAAAGUCCAACCAGAGGUUCCAGACCACUCACAGAAAAAAAGAAGAGCAGUGUUCUUGACUGCAACAGUACUGGUGAUGUUUGUGCUGUGUUUCUUACCCACUAACAUCGUCUACAUCGUACAUCAGCUGAUGUAUUCUGAAGAAACAGAAGACCAGGAGAAAGAGAUGAAUCCUGACAGGCUCUAUGUAAUCUAUUUAGUCUGUCUGUGUUUAGGAAGUCUCAGCUGCAUCCUUGAUCCUCUGGUCUACUACUUUGGAUCAUCCCAGUUCCAGAAAGGGUUAUCCAGUAUGAUGGGGUGCCAAAAGACCAAGCAGAGAACCAAUGGUGGUCAGUCAUCAUCAUCCAGUCCAAGCAAUACAAGCAGGUCCACCAGUCAAAUCACCGUGAAAUCAAACCGCAAAGAAAUUGCUGAAAGAACACUCAUCAAUCGUGACUCUUCUCAGGGGAAUCUUUGCAGCCAAUGUAAGAAGCAAGCGGUCUGAUAGGCACAUCAGGCAGGCAUCAAAGGGUAAUUCCAAUUCAAUUUUUAAGCAUGGCUCCUUUUACAUCUUUUAAAAUCUUUAUCACACUGGGGCACAAAAGGUUUAAAAUUGCUAAAGCAGAUUGCUUCAGUCUUUGGUUGCACUACAUACUAAGUACAUUGACAUACACAGUUAAGUCAGGCUGUUAGGCCUUAACUGUAACUGGACUACUGUUCUUGUCUCAGUAUACAGGCACCUGGGGUGACUCAGUUUGACAUGAGCACAUCCAGCUCUCCAACAAUUGGUGGUGAUAAUACCUCCUCUGAGUCCAAGAUGAGUUAGAGCAGCGGUUCUCAGCUGGUGGAUCAGGACCCAAAAGUGGAUCUGGGGCUGUUUUCAGUGGGUCUUUUAGGUACUUUUGUUCCUUCAUUUAAGUGUUUAACCACAGACAGGAAAUAGAAAUUACUUUGCAGAAUUUUUCCCUGAAUUACUCAAGAAUUUUCAUUUUGAAUUUACCCAAAAAGGAGAUUCAUCUAUGGUCUUUAAGAGAAAUUUAGGGUAAGAAAAAGGCUGGAGAUUUUUUUUUUCUAGAUUUUUCUAGAGUUUUGUUCAGGCAUUUCCCCAGAAACUUUUGCUACUGUUACCUGACCACUGGUUUAAAGACUAACAGCUAUUAAAUGAGAAUAUAGGCACAUCUGUGAGCUGGCAUGAAGCUCAGGAUGGUUUAGUCACACACCUUUCCAUCCUGUCUCCAUCAUCUUUUUCUGUCAAACUUUCUGUUUUCAACACGAUAGAAAGUGACCAUCGAAUUUGUCUCUUUCUAACAAAUACACUUAGUAUUUUUUUCCUUUUUUUAAGCAUCGAUCUCUACUCUGGCUUAAGACUCCAUCAUCUUUGCUCUUAAUUUUUGCUGAGAAUCGGUGGGAGCUCUCUGGAAAUGGGAAAAGUAAAUAAAGUUAUUUGUUAUUGCAUGAGGGUUUGGACAGUAUACCAAGGCUCAACUCAGACAGAAAAAGAUAGACACAGCAGUUGGUUACUGGUGCAAUCAACAUUUCCAUGAAAAUUAACUCCCAUCAACUCUUUCUGUUAUUUGUGAAGCAGAUUUCCAUGAGAAUAAUGAAGCUUAUGUUUUAUGAAAUAAAUCCAAUCGAUUAAUAAAUAUAUCAGACAUUUGGGUCACGAUUUGUCAUGGAACCUGUGAAGGGUCCCUUGGCUAGACCACUUGUGAACCACUGAUUUAGAGAAAUGGGCUGUGGCUGUGACUGGUAGUCAAAUGAUCGGCUGUAAAUACUUUAACGCUGACAUUGUUCUCAAAAAUCACUGCUAAUUGCUAAAGCUCUACUAUUUUAAAUAUACAUUUUUCAUUCAACAAUUUCUUCACUGUAAAAGUCCCCAGGAAUUAUAUUGUUGGUGUGCCUUAAUUUUGAAACAGGCAUGUCAAGAAUUGGAUCACAACCCUCCAAGACUGAUGUUUUUUAGGACAAAAAGUAACACAGGUUAUAAUAAAGGUUAUAAUAAUUUAAAUAACUUUUGAAAUUGUAGCCUCUUACUAUUUUUCCUCUUGAAGCCAGCCAUUGUGUUGCACCAAUGAUACUAUACAUGCCUUUGAAUUCCUUACAGAAGAUUUUGUAGCAAGUAUUCCAGUGAAUCCUACAUUGACCAUCGUGUUAUACAUUUUUAACCCACUGUCAAUUGCUUCUGCUGCUAGUGGCUAGUGGCCAUUUUGUAUCCCACAACACUUUGUGACUGGCUGGGACAACCAAUGGCAGACUGUUCCGUCGUCCCAUUAUGCUUUGUCUUACUGCGCAGA